CCUGGAUUCUCAUGUUAGCAUUCUCACGAGGUUUUAGUUUAUCCAGCUGUGGGGAGUUUUGCAGAGUUGAGAAUGCCACAGUCAAGCAAGCAGUUAAAGGUCGCUCUUGUUCUCAGCCUUCCUCUAUUUUUUCAGUUCUGUGCUGGGAACAACGUCACCGAUUACUAUGACUCCAACAGCACCAUCGACUACAACAUGUUUGAGGUCCUGUGUGAGAAGGACGAUGUCCGUAGCUUCCGCGCUGCCUUCCUCCCAGCCAUGUACGCCCUCAUCUGCUUCACGGGGCUGCUGGGGAAUGGGCUGGUGAUGCUCACCUACAUCUACUUCAAGAGGCUCAAAACCAUGACAGACAUCUAUUUGCUGAACCUGGCUCUGGCAGACAUCCUCUUCCUGCUGACCCUCCCCUUUUGGGCCACAACUGCAGCCAAGUACUGGCUUUUUGGGAAGUUUGCCUGCAAAGCUGUCUAUUGCAUCUGCAAAAUGAGUUUCUUCAGUGGGAUGCUGCUCCUCCUGUCCAUCAGCAUUGACAGGUACUUUGCCAUUGUUCAGGCUGCCUCAGCCCACCGCUUUCGUCCCCGGAUGAUAUUCAUUAGCAAGGUUACAUGCAUCCUCAUUUGGCUCCUGGCCUUCAUCCUCUCAAUCCCUGAGCUGGUUCACAGUGGUGUAAAUAAUGUGGACAGCCUUCCCCGUUGUUCCAUCAUCGCUCAUGACUUGCAGACCUUCAAUACUGGCAUCAAAGUGUCCCAAAUGGUUUUUGGCUUCUUAUUUCCCUUGCUGGUCAUGUCUGUCUGCUACCUCAUCAUCAUCAAAACCUUACUCCAGGCCCGCAACUUUGAGAAGAAUAAAGCCAUCAAGGUCAUCAUCGCCGUGGUAAUUGUCUUUGUUGUCUUCCAGCUGCCCUACAACGGCGUCAUGCUGGCCAAGACCAUCUCAGCCUUUAACCACACCAGCUCAUGUGAGGAGAGCAAGCAGCUUGACAUGGCGGAUGACGUGACCUACACCCUGGCCUGCUUCCGAUGCUGCCUCAAUCCUUUCCUUUAUGCUUUCAUUGGUGUCAAAUUCCGCAACGACCUCUUCAAGCUCCUGAAGGAACUGGGCUGCCUGAGCCAGGAGCGCCUCUGGCAGCUCUCCACCUGCCGUGAGAGCAAGAGGUUCUCCUAUGCCAUGGAGACAGAGACAACCACCACCUUCUCCCCAUGAGCCAAGCUCCAGGCAGGCUUUGACCAAGCUGCAACAUUUCUGUACACUUCCUCUAUUCUGAAUUACUGGUAGAGCAAGACUUGCCACUACUGUAGGAAAGAGGAAAACCCAGGAGCCUCCUGCUGUUUAAGGCAACGAGCACUGCUAGCCAAUACUCCCAUGGAUGGAGAAACUCCAGUAAAGCUGUGACUAACAGCAAAGCAAGGGAGAGGGAGACUGGUGAGUCUAGAAUUUAUCCUGUCAUUUCACCUUUAUUUCAGUCUUUCCGUCAAAAUGAGAAAUGCUCAGAAUACUUUCCCUAAAAGCAACAAAUACCAAGAGAAACAGACAAGAACUGAAUAAGAACUUCCAAGCGCAUCAUCCAUGCUUUGAAUGUUGCUUUUAACAGGACUACCUAUUGCUCUUCCAUACCUACAAAAAUGAUGCCUGUUGCACUGAUCCAGUCUUCAAGCCAGAACAGCACCAACAGCCCCAGGCUCCAAGCUUGUAAACUGUGAAGUAUUCAAGCACACCAGUCUCCACUCUGCCUUCCCCCAUGAAAAGUGAGAAAUGUCCAUAACUAAUACUAAACCCAUACAUAUGAUAGACAUUAAAUUCAAUAACUUUGUAUAUUAUUGUGCCAACUCAUAUGUUUCUCAGGGCAAGUACAAAUUCCGCUCCACUUCUGCCUGUAUCUGGUGUUUCACCUAUAAAAAAGGUGCAUCCUGAGGAGCACAAGUUAUUCCAUCUCAACAUUGACUUGAAUUCUUCAGAAAUGCUGCUUCACUCUGGAAAGAAAGACUCCUUUAGCUUCUGAAAGGGCACAAGGCUGAUGCAGGGGAACUAGCACGGUUCAGAUGCAAACUUUUUGCACGAAGGCAAAUCAGUUACAAGCUCCAAAUAACCGGUGUCUUUCCAAUCACCAAGCACACAAACUUGAACUAGGAAACAGAAACUCCUGCACCACUCCAGCCAGGCAUUUAAAAUACAUAUUUAGCACUCAGCCACCCAGCCUAUCCCAGUGUCAUCCCUACUCCUGAUGUACUGAGGGACUGUUUGCUCACUCACUUGAUAUAAAGCACGUGGUUUAGUGGACUGGUGCCAGGAUCCUCAGAAUUUUAAAGAUUCAAGCCCAGGGCAAAGCCAUUGGCAUUUUUUAAGGCAAAACAUUCAAAUUCUGGAUACACUUGUGCCCAUGGUCCAACCACUCCAGUCUACCAGUAUCUGAAGCUUGCUCGUACCUGGCUUUAUCAGCCAUGGUGGACACGUGUGGGGCCUUCUGUGUUACUGCUUGCUGACCCCAAGCGAUAAGCAGGAAUGUGGGUUUUCUUCUCCCUUCCCAAUCAACAUGUCUUUCUAGAAGGACUUUAGCAGCUGGCUUUGAAGUCAGAUAUAUAUUUCACUUAUAAGCUAUUGAAAACAUGUUUUGCAUUCACACAGUCAGUGCUAAUAAAGAUGCCAUUCACUGCGGUUUGAUUUCAAUGCAAAGGACAGUGAUGCGCUCAAGAUUACUGCCAGGGUCAGUACUUGAAAGGAACAUGGCAGCUGAACAACAGAUCAUUGUCAUGUAAAAUAAGACCUUGAAAAGAAGCCCAGAAUGUAAUGCCAGUUGGUGCUUUUACUACAAGAGCCAAGAUUCCUAAGGACAGAUGAAUACCCUGGGAACUGCUGGUGUGGGUGCAGAGCCUCACCCUCCAGAACAGCAGCUGGACACUUUUGUGCAAAACAUAAGGCAUGUUCCCAUGGACAUACAGAGCCACACGGAGUAAAAUACAUGAAGAAGACAUUUAUACUUUUUUCAAUACCAUACAUAGAUCCACAUUAGGGAUCCAUGCAGGGAACUCUCUGGAUCGUAGGUCGACAAAUAUUCCUUUAGAGACAGGAGAAUUAAAAUCAACCUUCCAAGGGAAGAAUUCAGUUAGCUGGUUUUCAGACAAGGUUGCCAGUUAUAUAGCUGGCUACCGUCAUAAUUAAAUCAAUUCUUCUUCAUAAACCAUUUGGCUCUGGGGUAUGGGAUGUUGUCAAGAGCUGGGAAUUGGGAAGCAAGCACGUUCUGCUCUGCAUCACGUGUCUGUGCUAAACUACAACCCCAUCUAAAUGUUUAAUGCGUUUGCUUUUAGAAUGUCCAUGUAACACGUGCAGAAGUGCUGCUUCUCUGACCUCUGAAAUGGGGGGUUAUGGCUGACACUGAUGAGUCACUUGUUCUGGGUUUGUUCCUAUAAUCCUCACUCAGGCAAGACACUGGGCUAAGAACUCUGCCAGAGCAAGGAAUACCCAUAAUACAGGCUCAGGUUAGUUUUCUACAUCAGUAACAACGUAUUCUCAAUGUAUAUGCAUAUAUGUAAAGCUGCUUUACACAGAGAAAGAGAAAUAUGUACAUGAAUGUACCCUGAAAAUACACUGCUGUAACUAAAACUUCUCACACAAAAUACUUUCACCUAACUUAUUCCAGCAAGGAAAACUGCAGAACAUGCAACUGUACUUGUCUCCUGACUGAUAAAAGCCAUUCCCCUUCUACAGACUGAGAAGCCUUCAGGUUUUUAUCAGCCAGAUAAUUGAACAGAGAGAACAAAUUUGCCACUUACUGAGAUGAAUCACGUUAACAGUGGCCUAAGAUCCUGACUUGAGGUUCCCUGCUGACGUCUGAAAACUGACUGUAUUUUGCUAUUUGUGGACAAUAAAUUAUACCAUUUUUUAAAAAGUA